AAGCUAUUUUUCCGUUCCUGAUCAAAGAGGCUUUGGACUGAGUGCCAUUGAGGUUCACACAGCAACAAAGAAAAAGAAAGAUCAAAAUUCAGUGGGGCACGCGUAUGUUGUUGCAUUGCUUAAUCAGAUUCCGCACCGAAGAACAAUUGCGAAGAAAUUCCCCUACUUAUUCAUUUGCUUUGUUGUACUUGUGUUGUCUUUUUCCGCAUAUAACUCAAAUUGCACUGUUGAACGUUUUGGCUACCUCCCUUCUAAGUUCUAAUUAGGUUAGGUUAUUUGUAUUCUUUUUCAUGGAUUAUCGGCAGUUUCUGGCACUUUCUCUCAGUUUUCUCUGUAUUCUCCCUGAUCUAUCUGUUUCUUCAAUUCGAUUGCGGAAGUCGGUGGAAGACACGAGCACGCGCGGAUCAGUGCUUAAAUUAAACAAAGAACGUUCUUCAGUGGCGGUUGAUCCCGCUCGGGUCACUCAACUCUCGUGGCAUCCUAGAGCUUUUGUAUACAAGGGAUUCUUGUCUGAGGAAGAAUGCGACCAUUUGAUCCUUCUGGCGAAGGAUAAGCUAGAAAAGUCCAUGGUAGCGGAUAAUGAGUCGGGCAAAAGUGUAGCGAGUACAGUCAGAACAAGCUCUGGAAUGUUCCUUGAAUAUGCCCAGGAUGACGUAGUUUCCCGCAUUGAAGAAAGAAUUGCUGCAUGGACCUUCCUUCCAAAAGAGAAUGGCGAGCCUAUUCAAAUAUUGCACUAUGAGAAUGGUCAAAAGUAUGAGCCACAUUUUGAUUUUUUUCAUGAUGAGGUUAAUCAGCGAAUGGGUGGCCACCGGGUGGCCACUGUGCUGAUGUAUUUGUCCGAUGUUGAGAAGGGUGGGGAGACAAUUUUUCCCAAUUCUGAGGCAAAGUCGUCCCAGCCAAAGGAUGAGAAUUGGUCUGAAUGUGCUCACAGAGGCUAUGCCGUAAAACCUGAAAAGGGGGAUGCCUUGCUGUUCUUCAGCCUUCAUCUGGACGCAACGACAGAUCUUAGCAGCUUGCACGGAAGCUGCCCAGUGAUAAAGGGGGAGAAGUGGUCAGCAACUAAGUGGAUACAUGUGGCGGACUAUAAUAAACCAAUAAUAAAGCCAAGUGAUUCUGGGAAAUGUGUGGAUGAGAAUGAGAAUUGCGCAGACUGGGCUAAAAGAGGUGAAUGUGAGAAGAACUCUCUUUAUAUGGUUGGAAAUGAUGCAGCCAGAGGAUAUUGCAGGAAGAGUUGCAAUGUCUGCUCUUCUUAGUGAAAGCCCUUUACGUUUGUAGCUCUCCAUCACAUCCUGAAUUAUGAUAUAUUUAUAUUCACUAACACACUUUUCAUGUACAUACAUAGCAUCCAUUUUUUUUUGGCUCUUGUCUUGCAUUCCCGGCAAUAACUUAUUUAGCGGUUACUGACCGUUAUUUACUCAGCCUGGACUAGCUUUUUCGUCA